CCUCACCGCUCCGCAUGCACCUGCGAUGGAGGAGACCGACUCGGCCGCGCUGGGAAGCGGUACGCUUGCGGGCUCGGCCGACUCCUUCAUGGGUGCCUCAGGCAGCGGCGGCGAGGCCGACGCCGCAGAGGCGGCGGCGGGGCUGCCGCAGCCCGCGGGCGGCGGCGCGCUCGCGGGCUCGGUCGGCUCCUGCGCGGGCGCUUCAGGCUCGACCGACUUUUGCGUGGAUGCCGACGGCACGGCGGAGCAGCCGCAGGCGGCGGAGGGCGGCGGGGCUACCCUGGGCGCCGCGGCGGCAGAGGCCGGCGCCGGCGAGGCCGGCCACGAGGCCGCCAGCUCGAUCGGCUCGUCGGGGGCGGUGGCGCCGCAGGAUGGCUCUCUUGCCGACGCCUCUGGAGCCUCGAACGGCGGCCCCGCCCCUUCCGGCAGCGACGCCGGGGCAGCGGACGAGGGCGAUGAGGCGGCGGUCGCCGCAGACGGCGAUGUGGAGUCGGCAUCGGACCAUUGCAUCCCGAGGACCGAGCUGCUGACCAUCCGCGCAGUGAUGCCCCUGGAUCCCCCCCCCGAGAGGGCGGCGCUGCGAACGGAACGCGUGCCUGCGAGCGGGGCCGAGGUCGAGGCUGUAGCGCAGGCUGGGGGCGACCGUCCCAUUGGGACGCUCGCACACCCGGAGCCCGUGGGCGCCGUGGUCAGCAUGGCGACGUCGCCCCGCGGGAGGCGGGCGGAGGCGGCGCUCGUGGCGGCCUUCGAGGCGGAGCUGCUGCCUCCGCCGCCGGGCCUGGAGGCGGCGGCGCAGGAGGCGGCCGAGGGCGCGCCGCCCGUGCCGGGGACUGUUGCGCCGGCGCGCGGCGGCGGCGCCGAGGGAGCGGCCGCCGCGCCCAGCGCAGCCCCGCGGCGCGCCGCGCCGCCGGAGCCUGCGGCGCUGCAGGGCGGCCAGCGCGAGGACGCGGCGGCGAUGUGCGAGCCAGGGGCCGACGCGCGCAGGGCGGACACGGACCCCGUGACGCGGGAGAUGGUCCAGCAGCUGCACGCGCUCUUCCAGAAGCGUGCCCGCGCCGCGAGCGAGGCGCUGGCGAGGGAGUUCGCGGAGAAGUGGGGGGAGGCCUUGCCGACGCGGGAGGGCCGCGGCGGCCUGGAGGAGCCGCGGCGCGAGGCGUGCGCCCUCGAGGAGCUACUGGCCGAGGCGAGCGGGCUCGUCGCGCAGGUGGCCAGGAGCGACGCGGGCGCCGCGGCCGCGCUGCUCGAGGCCAGCAGGCAGGGCGCGGGCGGGCCUCAGAUUCAAAGGGCCGUGUCGAAGGAGCUGGCGCACUGGCGCGAGGUCGCGCUGCCGAAGGCGGUGCUGAAGGCAGUGGAGGGCAAGGCGUUCGCGGAUCAGCUCGCCGAGGGCCUCCGGGCUCCGUCGCAGGAGACGGCGCCCCUCAUGGAGGUGCUGCAGCCGAAGCAGCAGCAGCUUCUGGAGGCGCUGCAGGACAUGAUCGCGGGCGACCUCCGCCAGUGGUGCGCCGACGUGGCGAAUCGAAAAGGCAUCGUCAGCGACAGGGAGCUGGCUCAGGCAAGGGGGGCCUUGGACCUCGCCAUGAGUGAGGUGCGAGCGCAGUCGCGGCAGGCGCUGGAGAGAAGCAUGGACCAGAUCAGGGGCCUUUCGAGCGCGCCCAAGCUCUCGCGGACCUGCUCUGGCGAGGUGGCGGCGACAGUUAGGGGAGAGGUCAAGCGCUGGCAGGAGGCGAUGCCGCGUCGCGGCCCACAGUCCGCGCAUGGCCACCUCUACGAGGGCAUGUGCAGCAGGCUGCGUGCGGCCGCGGCGCCCCUUCAGGCGGACCUGCGCGCCAUGGCGCAGGACGUGCGCGAUGCCAACAGGACGCUCACCUCGAGCGGGCCAGCGCCCGCCGGGGCUGGCCGCCACGCGGCCCUGGCCAGCGAGCGCGCGAGGGCCCUGGCGGCGGCGGCGGCCGGUCAGCUGGCGGAGGCCUUCGAGGGUGCGCUCGCGUGGGACUGCGACCCCGCGCGGCCCGCCUCGGCAGGGGACGCCGCGCUGCUGGAGCUGGUCUGCGACCAGCUGCGCCAGGCGGCCCCCGCGGCCAGCACCGAGCCGCAGGCCCCAGAGGACCUCCUGGCGCGCCCGGCCGCGGCGGGGCUGGGCGCGACCGCGAGGCUGCGCGCGGCGGCGCUGCUGCUGCAGAGGGCGGUGCUCGACACCGCGGAUUUCUCCCGCGUCGAGGGCAACCUGGAGUGGGCCCUCGCCCUGCUGCAGUCGGCCGCCGAGGGGGACGACCCGGCGGGCCUCGGCAGCGGCCUGGAGCUGGCGGGGCCGCUGGCCGGGCGGGCGCUGGAGGAGCUGCGCGCCGGCGAGCGCCCCCGGGCUCUGGCGGAGGCGCCCGCCCCGGAGAGGCGGCGGGUGGUGCAGACGGCGCGGAUGGCGCUGAAGAGCCUGGAGCUCCUCGCGCGGCUGGGCCGGGGCGGCUGAGGGCCCGGGUUGUGCGACCCCUGCCUCUGCUGCUUCUGCACGGCAACGACUGCAGGUUGAAGCGCAGUGGUGGCCUCGCGCGUCAUCUGCGCAGCGAAGUGGAAGCUGAUUGAGCAAGCGACUGGGAGCGGCGCUUGGGAGAGCGAGGCUGGACCCCAGAGCCAGGCGUUGGCGACUUGGCAUAGGUGAUCGCACGGCUAUGUUCCGUCCUCCUCGUCCUCAUUCCCCCA